GGCCGCUAUGUGGAAUAACGUUAUUGCCGAGCAACGGGCGUGUUGCUGAUGUUUGUCUGAGCCUGGGCAGGGCAGCUGCACUGCUAGGGAUGACGUAGUUCUUGAAACAACAUUUAGUAACUGCAGAAAUGAGCUUAACAUCCUGGUUUUUGGUGAGCAGCAGAGGCACACGCCACCGGCUGCCACGUGAGAUGAUCUUUGUUGGCCGGGAUGAUUGUGAAUUGAUGUUACAGAUGGCCAAAGUGUGCAAAGUCCUGCAGAUACGAUCCCGAAGUGUGGACAAACAGCAUGCUGUUAUCAACUAUAACUCUGCUGAAGAUGAACACAAAGUAAAGGAUCUUGGUAGUCUAAACGGGACAUUUAUUAAUGAAGCCCGAAUACCAGAACAAACCUACAUUACUCUGAAGAUAGAUGAUAAACUUCGAUUUGGAUAUGAUACUAAUUUGUUCACUGUAGCAAGAGGAGAAUUACGAGUCCCAGAGGAAGCGCUGAAGCAUGAGAAAUUUACAAGCCAGUUACAGUUGCCACAGAAACUUUCAGAGGCUGAAGGAUCAACAGAAGCUCCGGAUAACUCUGAGGCCAAAACUGAAGUGAUGGCUCAUGCAGAGGUGCAUAAAACUUCAGUAGACAUAUCUGCUAUACCUAUAGCCCGUGGAACCCCUUUAUAUGGACAGCCUGCUUGGUGGGGUGAAGAUGAUGCAGAUGAUGAAAAUUCAAGCAAACAAGAUCCCAAGCCUGGGAAUGUGAAGAUGGAAAGCAGUGCUACAGGAGGUGGGAGCCCAAGUGAAGAUGCCAAGGAAGUUAGUAAACCCAAAGAUGAUAGAAAAGACUUGGAACAAGUAAUUUAUCCAUUCUGUAGAGAACCAAGCUAUUUUGAAAUCCCUACUAAAGAAUUUCAUCAAGCUGCUGUAUCAAUGGAAAGUUCAAUUCAUGAAAUCCCUACAAAAGAUACAGAAGCCACUCGUGCAGUCGUUCAAGGGCAUGCUUCGUUUACUAUUGAAUUUGAUGAUCAUACUCCAGGCAAAGUGACAAUCAAAGAUCAUGUCACCAAAUUCACACCCGACCAGCGUCAUAAGCAGAAGAAGUCUCCUCCAGCUGCCAAAGAACUGUCUGGUCUCCAGGCUGCAAUGAAAGCAGCAGAAAGCAAAGUGGCUGAUUGGCUGGCACAGAAUGAUCCUCCCAGAAUAAGACGUGAAUCGAUGGAUGAUGAUUGCAAAAGCAUAAAGAGUGAUCUCUCUGUUCAGAUGAGGCGAUUAAAAGGGAGUAAACAUGAUGAUGGAACGCAAAGUGAUACAGAAAAUGGAAAUGGCCAAAGGUGUGCUCAUAAACACCCUGCCCUCGAAGAUCAAUUGAGGAUGUAUUGUGCAGAACAACAGAGGCUUCAUCAUCAGAAGAUUGCAACUUCAGAAAAGGCCCGUGAGGUUCCUUCAAUGAGUAGGACUGCCUUUAUGAUUGAAUUCUUUGAUGACGAUCAUCCACGCAAGCGACGAUCCUAUUCUUUUACACAAAGUUCACCAGCUGUACCCCAAGAAGGUCCUCUUCCUUUUCCACCUGUGAAGCCAGACAGGUUAAAAGGUGGCAUAGUUGAUUCAAAGACAAAUUCUUCAACACAUCAGCCAAGUACCCCUCAUACUAAAUCACCUCACAGUGUACAUGAGCUUCAUCAAACAAAACAUUUACAGAAACAAAAAUCUAAUGAACCAUCAGUUCCUUUAAUAUCUGCCCAAACUAUGCAGUUAAGAAGUUCUGGUAGUACUGGGCACAGACAGAAUCAAAGUCAGCAUUUCGAACAACAGACAAAACUUUCUCCAUUGGCCACAAAGGAAACUGAAGAUGAUCAGAGUGAUAAAGGAACAUACACCAUCGAACUUGAAAAUUCCAAUAUGGAAGAGGAGGAAGCUCGUAGAAUGAUUGACACGGUAUUUGGAAUAGUAGAUUCCCCCAAUUACUCUGGCAGUGGUAUAACAAGGCCAGUCAUUGCUGAACAAAAGAUCAAGUGGCAGCCAAAUUCUACUGAACAAGCAACUGAUGCAAGAAAUGGAGAACUUAGUAAAGAGCUUUUGAAUGACUCAGAGACUCAACCUGAAGGUUCCUUUACAUCCAGCACCCCUAGGUGGGUGUCCCAAUGGGCACAUUUAGCUGCUAACGAUGUGGUGCCAGCAACAUUUGGUACUCAUGACCAAGAUGCAGACAUUAGUGAAUCUGGUGUCUCAGUAAAAAGCACAUCAACCACAUCAGAAACUGCAUCAGCCAGUGCUGCAGAGAGAAAGAGACGAACACUUCCCCAACUUCCAACAGAGGAUAAAAUGGCAGAGGGCUUAAAAUCAAAAGGUUCCCUUACUUUAAACCUAUCAAAAUCAAGACGUGAAGUCGAUGAAAAACAAGACACUGAGCUUCCUGAAAAAGAAACUACCACUCCACCUCAUCAGAAAGACAAACAAAGGGAGCACACUAGCAGCAUUUCUAAGACAGGCCGGUCAAAGAGCGGCUCUGCUAUCAAAGCUGAUAGUGCUGGGGAUAUUUGUAGUGAGACAAUGAACAGCAAGGAAGGUGCAGUGUUUCAGUCCAGCUGCACUCAAUCUACUAAAGUGAAAGCUGAGACUAUCAAGGGAAUACCAGGUAUAAGACUGUCUUCACCUACAGCUCAACAGCAGGGCCAUAAAGAGAGUUUGUACCAACAGGGCUCUUCUAAAACAACAGCUACAAGUAAGCCUUUGGUUAACGCUGCUAGCCAAAGUGACAAAAGCAGAGAAGUGUCACCUAGGCAACCCGCCUCUCUCAAAGCUGAUGUACGGGAAUGCAGGCAAACACCUGCCUCGAGCACUUUGGACAAAGCAGAGAUGCAAAUAGAAACAAAACAGAAGAAGUCAGAAGAGUCUGGCAGAAGACAGACUCCUAAAGGUGGGGAUACAGAAAGAAAGGAUUCUCCCAGGCCUUUGGUCAGACAGGGAAGCUUCACCAUAGAAAAGCCAAGUAGUAAUGUACCUUUAGAGCUUAUACCUCGGAUUAGUAAGCAGUCUGGGUCACCAGGUGAUGCAUCUAUAACUACACGGAGUAGAGAGAGAAGUAGUUCUAAUGGGACAGAAUCCACAGUUGACACUACAAUUUUGUUAAAGGAUACAGAAUCAGUAAUGGCUUUUCUCGAGGCAAAAUUGAAGGAUGAGAACAAGCUUGAUGGUGGCGAUGAAACCCCAAGCUAUCACAGGGAUGAUUCCAUUUCCCCUGAAUCCGAUGUUGACACUGCUAGUACCAUUAGCUUAGUUAGUGGAGACGCAGAAAAGAAGUCUCUUCAAAAACGAAGAACUCUAAGUAACCUUCACAAGGAGAAGAGUUUCACAAAAUCGCCUAAGGAUUUGUCGAAGACAGUUGCAACCAAUGCUAAGGACAAACUUGCAGACAAGAAAACUAAAGGUCGUGCUUCUGACCUUGGCAUUAGAUCCGAACCUCGCAGACCUGUACAGACCACUGGCAGAGCAAGACAAGCAUCUUUUGACUUGACAGAUGAUGACCAAACAUCAAGUUUUCCUCAGUCCACUAUCUCCGAUUUUCUUUCUUCAGAUCAAGAGACCUAUUCCAGCCGAUCACAAGGGAGGACAUCCUUUACAUCCACAGAUGAACUAUUACAUUCUAAACUUGAGGGCAAUAAAUUAUCCAAGUCAAAAACUGCUGCUAUUAGUUCAGCUAGCAAAUCAACUGCCUUGCCCAAGCCUCGGCCAACCAGGGCAUCUAUUUUACGUAGGGCACGCCUUGGUGAUGUAUCAGAUACUGAACUGGCAGAUGUUGAUAAAGUUUCAGUAGUGUCUGAAGUAUCCACAACCAGUUCAACUACAUCGAAACCGCCCUCAGGCAGAAAAACACCCUCUAGAUUAGACCUCCUUGCCCAACCACGACGUAAUCGGCUGGGUUCUAUAUCGGCUCGCAGUGAUUCUGAAGCAACUGUAACUAGAAGUAGUGUUAGUCGAAGUGGAGACUCUUCUGUUCGGAGUAACUUGCGUGGUACAUCAACCAUGGAUAGCAAAGUUUCUCCUAGACUUCGUGCUAAUAGUAUUUCAAGAAUGCCUGAUUCUUCUAAAGUUAAAGCAUCAAUGGCAGGACACUGUUCUUCAUCAGUUGUUUUGCAAGGUCCACGAUGGAGGCGCUUCCCUACAGAUUAUGCUUCAACUUCUGAAGAUGAAUUUGGGUCGAAUCGUAGUUCACCUAAGCAUACCCGCCUACGCACCAGUACAGCGCUGAGAAGCACUAAACCGCAGAGCAGUAGCGUUGCAUCAACUACCAAUGUACUUCUGAAAAACAAAAUGAAGGAACAGGAUGACUACAUAAGAGACUGGACUGCUCACAGUGAGGAAAUUGCCAGGUAUCUUUCAAUAUCAAAGAUCAGUCAAGAUCUGGCCAAGGAUCUGGCCAUCCUUGCACGUGAAAUCCAUGAUGUGGCAGGUGAGAUAGAUUCUGUGAGUUCAUCGGGCACUGCCCCUAGUACCACAGUAAGCACUGCUGCCACCACCCCUGGUUCAACCAUUGACACAAGGGAAGAGGUAGGAGACCUUCAUGGAGGAAUGCCUAAGCUGGUUGAUCGUGUUUUUGAUGAAAGUUUGAACUUUAGAAAAAUCCCACCAGUGCCAUGUAUAAAACCAUCAGCUGGAAAUGGCAGACCGAGCGAUUCCAGAUCUCGAAUUUUUGAAGUUGCUGAUCAGGCUACAAGGAGGAAGACUUGGAGUAGGGAUGAAGCAGUUUUAGAUAGCUUGAUGCUGACCUCUGUAUCCCAGCUGUCUCAAAAAAUAAGGCAUGCGAUGGAGAAAACUGCUCUGAAGAUCAGGAUUUUGUUCAAAAAUGAAGAUAGAAAUUGGGAAGAAAUUGAAAACAAAAUGCGAUCUGAGAGUGAAGUUCCUAUUCUGAAAACAUCAAAUAAGGAGAUUUCAUCAAUUCUGCAAGAGUUGAAAAAAGUAGAGAAACAACUUCAAGCCAUCAGUGUGAUAAUUGAUCCAGAUGGUACUUUGGAUUCAGCAUGUGGCCUGAAAUUAUCGAGUCCCAGUUUGCUCGGACAAACGAAGCACAAGACAAGUUCAGACCGAAGUCCUCCGAUCACAGGCUGUAAUUCUGACUGCCACAACCAUUUCAGCCAAUUUGUACACAAUGGGGAGGACAGAGAGAAUUCUUUGCAUGACUGACUUUUUUUGUCUCUUCAAAGUGGCAGAGCAUAUAUCAACAGGCACGAUAAUUUUGAUCUGGCCUAUGUUAUUGAGAACAGUUGUGCUUGCCACUUACUAGCCUUGAGGUGUUUUUCUGCUUUCUGUGGUGCUUUCCUCACCACAUAACUUUUGCUAUGGCUGUAAGCUUUGCAUCCAUCAAAUAAUGAAACAUUAGGGGGACAGACAUCACAUUGUCACGUGUCCAGUGAAAUGUGAACACAUCGAUGGCUCUUCUAGCCACAUGAGUCAUCUUCAAAACAAAAUGGAGAAGCAAAUUGGCAUUAUUAUAAAACUGGAAUAGAAAUGUUGUGUUUAAGCACUGUUUAAAUGGACUAAUAUAUAGACAACACAAGCUUAGAAUAUCAAAAACAUCAGUGCCAAACUACUCAAUAUAUUGGUCAGUUGAACAACGUUCUGUUGCAUCAAAGAACUGCUGUUGGUUAUUUAUGUGUUUAGUAUGUAAACCACAGACUCCACAUAGGAUAUUGCUUAACUGUACAAAGUAGAAAACAUAUUCAGUAAUUAUUGUAAUUUUGGAUAAGAAUCUCUGCUUUUAUGCUGUGAUCAGAAGUUGGUUGAUGAUUUCUAAUGCUGAAAAGUCAUGUUGAUUACAUUAUUAGCGUUAUACAAUAUUGCACUAUUAACAUGCAAGUUAAAGGAUGGGAACGUUACGUUGGCAACUGGGUCUUGUUUAACACUCUCUUUAUUCAUUAGAUUUUAAACAAAACCAUAAAUAAGCAAAAGUUAACACAUUGCCUUGUGGAUUGCAAACACUAUUGCCAUUUAAGAGGAAUAAUUGGGAUGCUCAUUGUGCAAUGAGCUGAUCAACAUAUCAAAGAAACUAUCUCAAAUCAGUAGCCCUCAAGUGAUUCACUCCAACAAAAUCUUGGUAACCCUACUUCAUUUGUAGAAACUCAUUGCAUAGUAAGUGUUAAAAACAAACUUGAUAGAUUAAGGGGGCACAGUGAGGCAGUUCCACCUCCCUGGUAUAGUUUUGUACCUAAUUUAAGUUGAUGCGAGGAAGUCUCUUGUGAAUUUGCCUCAUCAACAUUACAUGUGUUUAGGGCAUUCUCAAUGUAGUUUUUAUUUAAAAUUGAGUUAAGAUGAUAAAGUUGCUCUUAACAGGUAGUCCACUCAAGCAUGGAAGUGGAAAUAAAAGGUUAAACCAGGAUUCUAAUUAUGCUGCCAUGUAAUGUACUUUAAAGGUAGGUUUAGCACAUACAGUAUCUUGUUGCUUUGGAUGCUGACUUGAUGACAAAAGUACCCCAUUCUCAUCAGAAUGUCCUUUACUUUAAAUGUUAUUAUUGAAACUGGAAAUAGGAAAAUAUCCAUCCUCACCACAUGCACAACACAACUCUCAUCCAAAUGAUAGAAGGACAUCUCUUCAUUCUGCUCCCUCAUGUAAAAUUAACUUGAUCAAUAUCAAUCCAUUUCUUAGGGAUCACAGUAUGGAUUUGUUGCUUGUCUUUGUAACGUUGUUUAGAAGCUAUAUAAAUAACUGAAGUGAGAAAUGGAAACUGGAAUGAUAGCGAAAUGUAUAUUUCGGAGUAUGGAAUUAAGUUGAAUAGUUGAGAUGUUAAAGAGAUUGGUAUAAUAUCUUACCCAUUUUCUCCAUAAUGUUAGCUAUGUUGAUCAGCACAAAUCAAGGUAAAGCUCCACAUUCUGUCUCAAUGGGAAAUAUGAUUUUAACAUAUUUUAAGAUUUAGUAAUAAAACACUUUACUGUUUAGGUAUGUCUUGAUUUGGUUAAAUUCCUUUUAUUAGAACUGAUCCCUCUACUUCCACCCAGUUUCUUGUUUUGCCCCGGAGUCAUACACUGUGCUCAGAAAGACACAUCAUGCACUUAAGAUAAUUCAUUAAUAUUACUGUGAGUUUCUUGCUAAAAAAUAUGAACCUAGUCUAGUCUCUUCCCUACUUAUGUUUUGAUCCCUCUCAAGUUCUAGCUGCAAUUGAACCCAGCAGUGCCAGAAACUAAAGUCUACAUCACAUUUACUUCGAGCUAACUGUUGUUGGCAGUAAAUGCACUGCAAGCUUGAAGCUUAGCAAAUCUUUUAAGUAAUUGUACACUAAAAGAUACAGCCAAAUGGCAUAUAAAUUAAUCUUGUUUUGAGUAGUGGUGUUAAUUCAAUUGGAUGGUGUCUGGUGUAACUCACUCUUCCCUGUUACACAACAGGCUCUUUGAGAUAUUUUGAAAAAUUGACUUUUUUUACGUACCUGACUCACUGGUAACAUUGCCUUUUUUUUGAUACCGGAGAGUCUUAAAAACUUUAAUUUUUUUUUCUUUAUAGUCUAACUUUGCGCUGAAGGUGUGUUGCAUGACCUGUGAUUUAGGCGACAUUGUAAAAAGAAAGGAAGUCUGAGAGCAGCACCAGCCUGAUUCUAUUUGGGUUUCAUAUAAUGUCAUAUUUGUGUGGAUAAUCCAAAGGUGUUUUUAAAAACAUAAGACCUCCUGUCCUAUUUUCAAUUUUUGUAUUCACAUGAUUAAAAUACUACUAAAAAAAUCCCAGUUGUUUUGUGGUUCACAAAAUAUGCUAGUAAUUUCCAAAUUGAUUGAUUGUCUACAGCGUUGUAUAAAAAGACUGUCCUUCUGAAAGUUUUCAAGUUGUUGUAAUUGUAGCUUUUACUGGACUUUACAUUGAUCUAGAUUAUUCCAUUCCACUAGCGUACCAUUCUAACACUGAAGCUCUUAUUCAAAAGCAUAAUUGAACAACCAAGCAAUACUCAAUCUGUGUUUUAUAAAGGAUGUUUGCAUUGGCACAUAUAUCUUUCACAUCUGUUCAAUUAUGACAUGGUAUUAUGAGUUGCCUAUGAUGUUGUGAAUAUAUAUAUCUCUAACAUUUACUUGUCAUAUUCCACAACUUUAAUCAAAAAUUGAUCCCAGAGUAUUCAAACUAAUCUAAACUGUAGUUAAUAGUGUGAAUUCAGUGAACAUAAGUGUGCAGUAUUGCACACUAUGUCAGACCUUAGUGACUAGAAACAGACAUUAGGCUAUCACUCCCAAUCUAUAUUUACAAAUGCCUUUCAAAUAUUGUGGAUUGUAAAAAGUGCUUUUCUUUGAGCAUUGCGAAAGGGAUAAUGAGACAACCAAUUUGCCUAUAUUCUUGGUGGCUAGAAGCUAUUACAGUCCAAAAAUUAGAGUUUUGCCCCAUAUACUAAAAAGUGAUGAGAUGGUUUAUGACUGAGCUUCUCUAAUAAAUAGUGAUGAAAUGAUUUUUCCAACUUCUAAAUAUGGCUGAGCAUUUCACUUUCUGUAUUUGUUCAUGUUUACACAUUUAUUGUAAUUUGUAAUAUUGUCUUUUGUUUUGCAGUUACAUAGUUUUCUCUUGAUUUUGUACAAACACUAUUGGCUCUAUUUAUUUUUAU